GGAUGAAGAUUCGUCUUCCUGUAGAUGUCAAGUCAGUGAUGAGGCUCCGGAUUCUCCUCCUGACUGUGCCCAUCUAUGGGGUUGUGGUGUUUCUGCACGUUCUGGGAAACCUCAAGGGUAGACAUGGUGAGAUCAAAGAGGUCGACCAGUGCUGGGUACAGCCUCCCACAAGGUUUUGUGGGAAAAGGUGCACGAAGGUGCACGGAUGUUUGAGACCGAACCACACGUGUUGCUGGACGUACUGUGGAAACAUCUGCUUGGACGACGAAGAACCGUUUAAAACACUGAUGAAACUCUAGUCUCCAUGCAGUCCACCGCUGGUGUGGGUUGCGGUGUGACCGACUGGGAGGAAUGCUGCCUGCUUCCCUGUAGGGGCGCUCACUCCAGCUGGGAGCCUGUCUGCUCUCUCCUAAUGUCUUUGCUCAGAGAAAG